UUUUAUACAUGAAAAUUAAAUUAUUAUUUGGUUCUCUGUGGCUAUUCCAAAUGGCAAUCAACCAUGCAUGGCCAUGUCCCUUCCUCCCUGACCUUUUCCCCAAAACCCACUCAUCCCUACCAAACCUUUCAUCUUCUCCAUCAUUUUUCCCUUUAAUCUCUCCAUCAACCUCCAUUAACAACCUUAAAGAUCCUCUUAUCGUCUCAUUCAAUGCAUGCAUGACCCCUGUCCAAGUACCUUCUCAUCACCAUGAACAACCUCUUCUCUCCAACAUCACUCAAGAGAUACACUGACUUGAAAUGGCAAGCCCACGUAGAUGGCAUGCAGGAAUCCAUGCAUGAAUCCAUCAACCUUGAUGACUUCUUCAUGGACGUAAACAACAUCAACGUUGAUCUCCAAAACCUACAAUAUCUCCAUCUUCAACUCCACAAUACAAACCAAGAAGCUAAGACAGUGCUCAACAUGACCACCAUUAAAGAGCUCCGAGCUCAGAUGGACUUAGACGUCCGGCAAGUUAUACGUCAAGCUAAGACAGUGAAGAUGAAGCUUGAAGAGCUUGAUAAGGCCAACUUGGCUCACAGGAGACUUCCCGGCUGUGGGCCGGGGACACUUGCUGAGAGAACUAGAACUUCAGUUGUUGGAGGGUUGGGAUCAAAGCUUAAGAAGUUGAUGGAUGAGUUCCAAGAACUCAGGACAGAGAUGGUUGAUGAAGAAGUUAUUGAAAGGUUGACGACAAGAGAAGGAAGUGAGAGGUUUAUGAAGGAGGUGGUGAUGGAGGUGAAGGAGAGGAAUGAUGCAGUUAAGGAGAUGGAGAAGAGUUUGAAGGAGCUUGAACAGGUGUUCAUGGACAUGGCUGUGCUAGUUGGAGCUCAAGGGGAGAAGAUUGAUGAUAUCGAAAGCCACGUGGCACGUGCCAACUCGUUUGUGAGGAGGGGUGCUGGGGAGUUGCAGACUGCAAUGCAGUAUCAGAGGAAGUCUAGGAAGUGGACUUGCAUUGCUCUUCUUGUUGGCCUUGUUGUUCUUGCUUUGAUUCUUGUUCCAGUUAUUGUAAAUGUUUUGAGGAUGAGUUGAGAUGUUUUUUGUAAACAAUUUUAGUUAUUAAUUUGUUAAUC